GUUUGAAAGUGAAGCGCAAACGAAUCGAAAGCAACAAGUUGCUGUUGUCGCAAUAGCCCCAACACCAUCGCCGUCGCUUUCGUUGUUGUUUGGUUGGUAAACUAACAGUUGGUAGCUGGUGUUGUUGUUUGUUGGUUGUGUGCUUGUCAACGUAACGUUCGUGCAAACAAAAACGUAAUACCAUUGUGUGCUGGUUAACAACGUUUGUGCAAAAAACUAACUAAAAUUAAACGAACUAAGUAUUCAACUAACGACGGAAAUUUGUGUUCAAACUGUUUCCGAAAAAAAAAAAAAUAAAUUUCAAAAGUAUUAUUACUGCGACUGCAUUUCGAAUACGUUUAAGCAUACCAAAGACAAUUAACGCCGAAUUCUUGUCAAAAAUUUACGCAAAAUAAUACCACAAAAAAAAACUUAAAUAGAUAUACAACACAUGAAAUAUGCCUUCACCUACAAAAUCGUUAAAUCAACGUGAUCGUAUACGCGAUCCGCGCGAAGAUAUUCUACUCGAAACAAAUUUCGAAGAUGAUGGCAUACUGACGCGUGCCUACAACAACAAUCCAUACAAUAAUGGCACAGCAAUACAUAAUCGACGACGCAGUACCUACCGUUCAGAUCACUCCUUGGACCGUUACACGGAACGUGGUGGCGAAGAAGGUGACUGCUGUCAAUCAUGUAUGUCCCGCAUUCCUUAUGCCACAUUAAUAGCGACACUUAUGUGUCUGCUUGGCGUUGGCAUAUUCUGUGGCACAAUGUAUCGUGGCGCCUCGUUGACGGUGAUUAUGAUGGAUCAAGUAUUUCAUUUGCAUCUAAUUUGGAUUGAAGCGAUUCAAAUGAUUUUCGUCAUAAUUGCUGCGGGAAUGGCGGCGCUUGGCUUUAUGAUACUGUUCGUUGGUUUCCUCGCAACUGGAGCGACACGAUACAAGGUCUAUCGCGCGUGGCGUUCACGAGUGGGUGGGCGCAUCUCGUGUGCCGUGUUCAUGGGCAUCACAUAUUUGCUAAACUUUGUUUGGAUAUUAAUUCUAUGCUUCUUGGUCAUAGUCACCUUUAUCUAUACGAUGUUCUGGAAUAUGUGCUCAAGUGUGGAACGUUCGCUCAGCUGCAUUGAUUUAACACAGUUUCAUUUCAUGUUCCCGCCCAACACCAAACAAGAAGAUAUGAAAAUCUGCGACAAAUAUGAGAUUAAAGCCUUCUGCAAGGAUGGCGUCGAGAAUGCCGAAGUUAUGUUCAUUCUCGCCACACUGGCUGCUUUGCUUGUCAUACUGAGUUUGGUACAUUAUCUAAUGUGUCUAGCCGCCAAUUAUGCGCACAUAAGGGAUCAUGAGAAAUUCCAGGAGCUGCAGGAAAUACAAAAUCUAAAUGAGCUCGAGUAUAGUGCAACAUCCAAGGAUCGCUUCUAGGACAUAUUUCAGAAGAUUCAUUUUGAGCUUAAAGAGAAGUGAGCGACAGACAAAACGAAAAUAAAAUAAUAAUAAUAAUAAAAACACCUAAACUCAACACGCACACAUCACACACAAACAACAUUUACACUUAGAAGAAUAAAACAAAAGAACUGAUUGAAGUAACAAAACAAUGAAUCGCUAACUAUAGACAAUGAAGAUUUAUGCAGAACGAUGAUAGGAAAUGCAAACAGCAAACAUGCAUAAAUACUGAAUUUCAAAAAGGAAUAAGCAGAGCAAUGUGUGUAGUGAACUUUCUCUGGAAUAUUUACAUAAUAAAAUAACAAGCUGCUCACAUUGCUUCUUUUUUUUUAUGGUAUACAUCAUGAACACACAACUUGUUGAAAUGUACAUUGUAUUUAUGUAUAUUAUUUUGUUUAUUUAAUAAUUUUUUAACUUUAAGUUAUUUAGAUACUGAAAUGCAUAACUAUUGUCUAACUGAAAUUUAAUUGUUUUUUUUCCCCUUAUGUACCAUAAGUUCACAUAAUUUCUUUUUAUAACAGCAAAAAAAAAAUAAAAAUUAGAUAUUUAUUAUUUAGUUAUUUUCUAUCUAACUUUUAAAAACUGGAUUUUUUGAAUUAUUAAAUAUUAUGUAUCUAAUAAUUAUCUUUGUUGUUAUUUCUAAUCUGGCUCAUAACUCAUGAAUUCAUAAAAUAUGUAAUUAGCUUGUUUAAAUUCAUAAGUAUAUCCACUCAUUUUAUUAAUCUUAUAUUUGGCUUAUUUUCAUAUGUAAUGAUUUCCUUUUUCAUUUGUACUGCUCUUUAAUUUUUUUUUUAUUUUUUUUUUAUGCGGCGAUUCCAUAAUAAAUGUAACCUAAAAGUGGCGAUUUUCUGGCCUUCGAUUUGUCUCAAAUUUUGAACACAGCCACAUCCAGUCGAAACCGGAACUCAGUAAUAUGAACAAAAGUUAGAGCAUCUCCGACACGGUAAUUCAUUUUUUUUUUUCGUUUUCCAAUAAAAACUAUUCUCUCAUUUAAGAAGUCUAGGACGAUAUGAAGUUCGAAGACCAUUUAGAAGUCGAAACAGACAAUUCCAUGAUAAAAGUUUAAACCAUUUUUUACGUAUUUUUAUACUUAGCAUCCAAAUCUGUAGUAAAAACAUUUAUAUUUAUCUAAUUAAAAAAAAAAAAAUAACUUCCGGUCACUUUAGCCCACUUCCGGUCGAAACCGGAAGAUACAGCUUCCCAAUUUGGUAGAUAAUAUUUUUUGUGUUUUUCUUUCUGUAAAAACAUUUCCCUCCAUUUUAGAAGGGGUGGACGGAUGGUCUAGGUACAAGGUGUCCUAGAUGAUGGAUAUGAAAAAUUUAGCACAGUUUAGUUGUGUGUAUGGGCUUUACAACCCUCCGUAGAUGCCGUUUUGGUUA